GCAAAAAAAAUAUCAAGUAUUCGCAAUGAUCUCUAUCAAAAGAAUAAUACAUUUUUGAAUAACGCACGUACUGAUCGUAAAAUAAUAAUACAUAAGUGUAUAUUCCCAUAUGAGUAAUAGACGGACGAUAUUUUAAAUUUGAGACACAAAUGGUAUAUCAGCGUGGGAAUCAGAAGGAAGGCUCUCCGCAUUAUGUAUUUCUUUAUUCAGAUGAUGAAAAUAGCGGAGAUGAGGAAAAUUUUCCCUUACAGCCACGCGCUAGUUCUACAUCUUCCCCGCGUAAAGUGGAAGUGAUCAACGUGAUAGUCAAACCGGAGGAUACGUUGCAAGCAUUAGCACUCAGAUACAGAUGCACGAUAUCAGAAUUGAAAAGAAUCAAUAAGAUUCACAAAGAGAAUGAAAUAUAUGCUCGAAGAUCCAUAAAAGUGCCAAUUCAACCAUUUUCUAUUUUAACAGAAGGUUUGGAUCAAACUUCCGACAUAAGCGAGGAAAAAUUAGAUACUACUGUACAAUCUGAAUCAGGAACUAUCGCAAGAGUGCAACCAUUAAUAAAUUUAGUAAAUGUUUCUGUUCCUAUUGAUCUUCCUAAAACAGAAAUUAACAGUAUUAUACUUAAUUCGGUAUGUGAACCUUUAGCAUCGUACAAAUCAAAUAAUUUGCCAGAAACAUCUUAUACAGAAUAUGAUCAAUUACUUAAUUCUACAGAAAGUGAGGUAAUAGAAUCACAUUUCAUGGACUCGUUUAAAUGUUCUGGUGAUGAUUGCGGGUUAUCAUGGACUCAACUUUUAGGAGUUUCUCUGCUCCUAGGUUUUGCUGGUCCUAUUAUAUACAUACUGUAUAUAGCCGAAUAUUCUACUAAGACAAACCAUUAAAGUAACAUAGCAUAUAGAGAUAUAU